CAAAAUCCUUCAUCAUACUCAUCUACUACGCAAAAGUCAAGCAAUCUUUGUUCUCGGACAAUACAGGCAGAAAUUUUAAAAACCAAAUAUGGCUGAGCAGACACUGUCAAUGACGCAGCAGCCACGGUCACACCAAGUGGUGAAGGCAGCAACCGCCGCCACAGCUGGCGGUUCUCUCUUAUUCCUCUCUGGCUUGACCAUGACCGGUACAGUCAUUGCGCUCACCAUCGCUACUCCACUGAUGGUCAUUUUCAGCCCGGUUCUUGUUCCUGCUGUCAUUACGGUUGGUCUCAUCGGUGCCGGGUUCUUGUUUUCCGGAGGUUUCGGGGUCGCUGCACUAGCUGUCUUGUCUUGGAUGUAUAGGUAUGUCACCGGAAGACAUCCACCAGGUGCAGAGGGGUUGGACCAGGCGCGCAUGAAGCUGGCCGGAAAGGCGAGAGAGAUGAAGGAUAGGGCUGAGCAGUUCGGACAGCACGUAACUGGUCAGACUUGAGAAGUAAAAAGUGUGGGUUUUUUUAUGGAUGAGCAAUGAUUUAGAUGAGAUUUAAGAUGGCCCAUAUGUGCAUGGAUGUUUGGGUUCGAAAGGCUAUGGCAUUGCUUGUUUAGAGUUUGUAUUUUGGUGUUUCUUUUCUUGUGGGUUGAUGCUUCUGUUAUAAAGUAUUUUGUUGGUGGUUUUUAAAUAAUUAUGUAUUUGAUGAGUUCUUUUCUUUAAUUUUGGUGUGUUUGUGUUAAAUGAAGUUUUUUUCUUUCUGUCCAAUAAAUUUUGGUAUCAU